AUGGCAACGACACCAAGCACAACAAAGGCAAAGCCGGAGAACCCCAACCUGACCAGAAACAGAUCUAUCGGUCGAAAACCAAAGCUACCUUCGUCGGCGUCAUCAGAAGAUGGGUCUGAUCAAAAACCAGAGAAGCCUGUGCCAAACUAUCUGAAACCAACAAUCAGUUCGAGACCGGACCCGGUCAAGUUCGUGAAGAAGAACAACAAUAGUCUUGAGGAUAACCAGAAGCUUUUGCGUAGAAGAUCAUUUGAUCGACCUCCUUCUUCUUUGACUUCUCCUUCUACUUCUUCUCCGCGUAUCCAAAAACCCCUCAACGUCUCUCCUUCUAGCUCACAAGAUAGACCAGCGGUUCCUAGAGAGAAGCCUGUCACAACUCUACGCUCUUCGUCUUUCCAUGGAACCAGAGGUGUUCCAAGAGGAGGUACUACCGUGAAACCGUCUCCUGUGGGUCCAAAGAAAAGUGGUUUGAGCAGUAGCAGCUCUUCUUUGAAGAGCAGAAAGGAAGAUUCUACGAAGGUAGGAGGAACAAAGAAAUCAUCUGAGAAAGAGAUUCCCCUGGAUACUGCUUCUUUGUCAUCUGCUCAAGAGGAUGAAGAGGAGAUUCUCAAGGUUGAGAGUGAUGUACAUGUUGCUGAUGAAAUAGAAGAACCAAAAGAAGAAAAAGAAAAUAAAGAGGUCCAAGUAGAGUUUGUGCAAGCCGAUGAAUCUGGUGAAGAGAAUGAGAGAGGCGGACCAACAACGGUGGCUUUACCUGUAGUAGGGGAAGAUUGCAUUGCUGUCAACAAAGAAGAUGAAAAGGAAGAAGAAGAAAAAGAAAAAACAUUGAUAAAUGAAGAUAAAACCGAAGAAAUAAUUGAGGAAACCAAAGAACAGGAUAACAGCCACUACAACAAGGUUGAAGACGAGGAAGAGGUUAAGAAGAAGAUUGAUGAGGAUGAAACUCCGGAGAAAGUUGAUAUUGACAUGAAAGAAGUUGAAAGUGUCGAAGAGGUCACAGAAGAGAUAAGAGAAGAAGUGAAAGAAGAACAAGAAGAGAAAGAAGAGGACAAAGAGAAAGAGAAGGCGAAAGAAGAGGAGAAAGAGAAGGAAAAGGUGAAAGAAGAGGAGAAGGAGAAGGUUAAAGAAGAAAAAAAGGAGAUGGUUAAAGAAGAAGAGUCAGGAGAAGGAAAGAAGAGAGAAGUAGUGAAAGGGAAAAAAGAAUCUCCAUCAGCCUACAACGAUGUAAUAGCAAGUAAGAUGCAAGAGAACCCAAGGAAGAACAAGGUUUUGGCUCUUGCUGGAGCUUUUCAAACCGUUAUUGACUAUGAAACUGCUGCAUCUAAGUGA